AUGGCUUCAACAUCGUUGAUUUUCAUUGGUAGCCAAUUUUGUAUUUAUUCUGGUUUCAUUAUAUUAAAGCUUGGUCUAAUCGGAAACCUAAUCAAUCUUUUCGUCUUAUUCUCGACUCGAACAAAUCCUUGUUCGUUUUUAUUAUGGCUUGCCUCGAUUUUCAAUAUCAUCACACUACUGGCAGGACUUUUACCGAGAAUUUUAAGCAUAGGCUUUUCCGUUGAUGCAUCAUCAACUAGUCUAAUGUGGUGUAAAAGUCGCUGGUUUCUUUCGUACACAAGUGCCUUCACUAGUUUAACAUGCAUCUGUUUUGCCUCAAUUGAUCGAUAUUUGGUUUCAAGUCAAUAUAUCCAAUGGCAUCAUCGAAGCAAAUUGAAAACGGCAAAACUAGCUAUUGUGAUCGCUACUUCAGUUAUCAUGUUGAUUCAUAUACCAUUUAUAGCAUUUUAUCAUAUUAUUCAAGUGAACAAUUCCAAUGGCAAUGUAAUCUAUCAGCAAUGUUUCGGAACUAAUACAGCAUGGAAUUCGUAUGUGAAUUAUUUUACUCGACCAAUGUUGGGUUCGAUUAUGCCUGGAACUGUAUUGGCUGUUACAGGUUGGCGAACAUAUUUGAAUAUCAAAUUGCGAAUGCUUGUUCACCCAGGAGGAACAUUUCAACGAGGUUUAACUACAAUGAUCCUUUUACAAAGUAUCCUAAUCAUCAUUCCCGUAGUACCUUUCUCAAUCAUUAUUAUCUAUCAAAUUGCAACAACAUCAACAAGCAAAACAGCAUAUCGUUUAGCUCAAGAAACAGUGGUUUUUAAUAUAGCGAAUAUCUUUCUAUACAUUAGUUAUGCGUCGAAUUUCUAUGUAUACUUUUUUUCAGCUAAGUCCUACCGAAAAGAACUCUUUAGGUUAGUUUCGUAUUUUGUUUGCUAUCGAAGUCAUCGUGUUGAAAUACGUCGUAUGUAA